GAAUUUCAAUGAGUGUUAUUGUGGCGAUUCAUUGGGCGGUUCAUAUGGGUACAGAAAGGUAACUGAUACUGAAUGUUAUCAAGCAUGUGUAGGGAAUUCGUCGCAAAUAUGUGGAGGACCCUGGCGGAAUUCUGUUUAUGAAUUCAUAAUAACACCAGCAAUGCCAACCACUAAAAUUACAACACCUGGACAAUCUACAGUGAAAACAAUCGACAUGACAACACCUGGACAAUCUACAGUGAAAACUAUCAACAUGACAACACCUGGACCAUCUACAGCUAAAACUAUAAAGAUGACAACACAGAAAGAAUCUACAGUGACAACUACAGAACAAACAAUCCAGGCUCAAACAGAGAUGACAACUUCAGUCAUGAUAACUGAAUGCCUAUGUCCCUGUUGUAAGGUUGGAGAGGAUAAAUGGGAUUUCUUACGUGGAAUGAAUCUCACUCUUGAUCAAUUAGCAGAUGUAAUGGAACCAGAAUUAUACUUAAUGAGAACAAUACUGAGUAUCAACAAAUCAAAUACCACCCGGAUGCGUCGUUCUAAGACAUCAGCUUCAGAUGAUCGUGUAUCGGCUAAAUCCAUAGGAUUUGUAGGAGUCGUCUUCAUUUGUCUUAUUACAGCCCUAUUUGUAUUCUUUGACAUUCAUAGCUACAUUGUCGCUAAAUUUAAAAGACGUGGAACUUCUUGGUUACCAUUCAAAAAAAUAGCUCUCAUGUUUGUUUUGUUUUCCUAUAUAUCUCAGACAUAUAUCAUCUACAUAUAUGUCAUCUUGCGUUCUUAA